UAGCAAAUGGCGGUUUCUUACCUCUUUUGCCAAGCUUAUUUGCUUCUUGUUUGCAUAGCUGCGCUUGCUUCUAUCUCCCAAAACUCUCUGUUUCUCACAAGGACAGCAGCUUCCAUGGUCAUUGCAGCAAACAGUGGUUAAUUCUAGUACUUCAAAGUUUGCGUUUUUCGUCUAAGUAAUUAUCAGAGGCCUUGACAAACUUGAAGAGGACAAUGUCUUUUGUAGUAACGUCACCCUCUAUUGUCAGCUCUUCAUAUAUUACCCGACGUGGAGGUUCUAGGUUGAAAUGUUGUGAGGGUACUUCUAAGGUUUCACACUUUCCCUGUAUUCAUUGCAAGUUUCAGUCUUGCAUUACUAAGAAUAUCCAUACACCAUUGAGAAGAAAACCAGAUGCUAUGUCAACGUCCACAGUGAUGAAUUGCGCAAAACCCAAUUUUCAAUCUUUCACUGAUGAAAGCACAGUUUUUCUUGAUUUGGGUGAUCAUGGAGAUGAAGAUGGUGAAGAUAUAGAUUCACCAUGGGAAGGGGCAGUUGUUUACAAGAGAAACGCUUCGAUAACACAUGUUGAGUACUGUACUACAUUGGAGAGGCUUGGGUUGGGAAACCUUUCGACAGAGGUCUCCAAAUCUAGGGCUUCAGUAAUGGGGUUACGGGUGACCAAAGCUGUGAAGGAUUAUCCAAACGGAACGCCAGUUCAGAUUUCCAUUGACAUCACAAGGAGGAAGCAAAAAUUGAGGCUUGAUGGGAUCAUUAAAACUGUCAUCACACUGACAUGCAACAGGUGCGGCGAUCCAGCAGCUGAGUCCAUCUUCUCCAACUUCUCACUUCUCCUAACUGAUGAACCCGUAGAAGAACCUGAUAUCCUCAAUAUGGGAGUAAUAUAUGGAGACAAUGUCAAAACCAGUACAGGAUUUGGUGGGGAGGAAAAUGAUGAUGACUCAAUUGACUUCGAGGAUCAGCUGUAUUUCCGCCCCGAGGACAAAGAAAUAGACAUUUCAAAGCACAUAAGAGACUCAGUGCAUCUGGAGAUUACCAUCUCUGCGACUUGUAAUCCGAAUUGCAAGGGACUGUGUCUCAGUUGUGGUAAGAAUUUGAAUACAGGUAAUUGUAUUUGUGGUAAGCAGGAGGUAAAGAAGACUACUUUUGGACCUCUUGGAAAUUUAAAGAAGCAAAUGCAGCAAAGAUAACUUGCAUGUCAUGUAUUUUUUUCGUAGACGACCAAGCACUUUUGUUCAAGCUCAUCUAAAUAUUUAUACAAUGACCAAUUGUGGAUAUAUCCUCUUGUUUGUGGAGUUCUUCUAUGAUCUUGCU